AUAAAAAAAAAACCACCUAAUGAAUUUGUGUUUCCUGGGCUAUGACUAGUGUUCGUGGUGAUAUAUAAACAUUAGACACCUACCACUAGACCAGCCUAUGUACUGUCAUAGCUGAGUGUCUGAGGGAGAGUCAGUGUAUAUUACUAGUGGAAUGAUGUCAGCUGAACCAGACUAUGGAGCUGCUCUCAGGAUCAUCAAACACCUCCCAACUGAGGAACUUCGUGAUCUUGUCAACAAUGAUGACAAGCUCGCUGAACUUCUGCAAGACUUACCACAGGCAUAUGAAGAAUAUUGCAAGUGAGCAGGAAAUGUUACUUGCUGCUAACAAGUCCUUGGCUGAGUUCAACUUGUCAUUGGAACCUAAAUUGUCACAGGCUAAGCAAAAUUUGAUCACAAAAUAUGAAGCUGCUGCUCAGCUGACUGAAGAGGUUAACACAAUGAAAGGAGAAAUGGAUUCUACGAGCGGGCAGUACACAGCCGACACACUACAGGCCCUGUUACAAACUGCUGCACACGAAAUUGAGGAGGAAACUGAGAAUCUUGUGCUGUCAUUUCUUGACAAGGAACAAGAUGUAGAUGAAUUCUUGUCUGAAUUCCUGUCCAAGAGGAAAACUGCACACUUGAGGCGGAUCAAAGCCGAGAAGAUUGAGGACAUCUUGAAUAAACAAAGUAGUGCACAUAGUGCACCAUAUCCUGCCCAGCCUCCAGCUAGUGGUGGUGCUGGCUAUGGACCUAACCAGUGGUCAUCUCCAUACCCUACACAGCCCAUGAAUAUGCCCAUGCCUGGGUAUCACUAAAUCACUGGGAAUAACCUAUUCAAAUUAAUUUUAAUGUUUAUAGGUUCCUUGUGGUACAGUACAUGGAGAAUUAAUCAGCUUUAUUGAUGGUUCAUACAGACUACUCACUGUCAUGCUAUGUUCCACAAGUUUAGUGUUAUGGAACUUUUCAUAGUUAAUAAGUUAUGAUGAUUUUUUAUAUGUAGAAGUCUAUUUAAGUCCUCGUGAUUGUGUUUAAUAUCUUUGACGCUUUAAAUAAAAGUGUUUUGUGUUUGUGAAAGACUAACAAUUUCAUACCGGGUAUGUGUUUUUGAAAAACUGACUAAUAGUUUUGUUAUGAUUUUAAUAACAUCUAAUAUUAAACUGCCAUCACUAUUUGAAUAACUACAAUGAAAAUGUAGUUAUCCAGGGCCGGCCCCAGCUAUGUGCGGCUGCACAGAGCCCGUAUCACUUAGGGGGGGGGGGGGCUUCCUGAAAACAAUAUAUUUGUUGUUUAGUAGGAUUCAUAUUUCGUUUCUGAUGUGGCGUGUGCAUCUCAAAACUGCAAGUGAGUGCAUUUCUGCCAUCUGGUGCAAGUAAGUCUGGGCUUUGGUUAUUUCUGUUUAUAAAAACCUGACAACUGAUAUUGAUUUACCUUCCUGUUACAUAUAUUUGUAUGAGUGUUUGUAUAACGGUAUCAAGAUGAUGUCCUCAUAGAAAAUCAGUAAUAUAUGUGGGUGAGGGACUGGGCACGAUAGGAAGGUUGUCUAAUGAGUGGGGCCCCCAACCAUUAUCUUGCACAGGGUCCCCCAGAAGCUAGAGCCGGCCCUGUAGUUAUCCCAGCUAUAAAGAAAGAAAUACUGUACAUUGAAAAUAUUUGUAUGAACCUUAACAACAAUACAGUAUCACAAAACAUCCUUAUGUAGGAAAUGGACAAUGCAGAUAUACAUAAAUUAUUACAGUACCAAAUAUGUCCCAUAAUUAGAGGUAAUUCUGAUACUGUACCAUGCUCCAAUAUCAAAUUUGUAAUUCCUGUAUACCCAUUAGAAACUUCUUUGUGUAUGCCUGUACAAAUCAUUGGUACAGUACAGUAUAUCUUUCAUCCACUGUAUGUUAGAGGUUUUUCAUUCCAAGAACAAGAUUUUUAUUGAUUAGAGGUUUCUGCUUCUACCACCUUCUUCACCAUUCUUGGGAGUUGGAAUUUAUUUUCUUUUAUUGAUAAACAUAAUUUAGAUAAGUUGAGACAAAACAUACUUCUGGUAGGACCUGACAGUCUGAUAAACCGAUUUCUCUAAUGCCUUUAUCUGUAAUCUUGUGGUCUGUUCCUGUUUAGCACAACUGUUAAGAUAAGAGUGUACUGUACAGGGAGCAGUGUUGCUAAAGGCUUGACCUUUUAAGAGUGAAUAUAACAUACUGUACUUGUAGCUGCUGCAAGUGAUCCCAUUAAAUAUUAGCCCAUUUAAUAUGACUACACUACAGUACUUCUUGCUGGUGGUUUCCAUGUCAUGAUCAUCGCAUCUGGCAUGCUAAUUUGAUAAGCUAGGAAAUUUACAGUUGACACAGUUGUCCAUAGCUGGUAAAGAUUAUGCAAUGUUUGAAUGUUUGAUGAAGCAUGACUGGUUAUACAGGUAUAUAUAUAUAUAUAUAUAUAUAUAUAUAUAUAUAUAUAUAUAUAUAUAUAUAUAUAUAUAUAUAUAUAUAUAUAUAUAUAUAUAUAUAUAUAUAUAUAUAUAUAUAUAUAUAUAUAAAAUUAGCAAAUAAAAUAUACUGUAUAUCUUAAAAGUUCAAAACAUAUGAGGAGGACUUUUAUAUUUCCUUUAUAGGUGACAAUUUGUUUGAAAAUUAUUGGAGGUGUACAGCAUAUAACUAAUUACAUAAUAAUUUUGGGUGUUGAUGACCACGUAUCUAAAGAAUUGAUAUAAUCUUUAGUUCACAAAAGGUCUGUUUUGAAUAAUUAUAACAAUCAAAUUGAUUUUUAUCUACCAUAGUUUCAUUUGCAGAAAAUUAUAAGAGUAAUGGAGUUAAAUUUCCAAUAAAAUUUAAUGUACUGCAUAAAAAAAAUUAAGAACUUUUAAUUAAUAUGAUUAAAUUAGUUCUAUGCCCUUAGUAUUAAUUCAGAAAUUGUACAAAUGAAAACCUUUUGCCAAUAUCUUAAAGGCAUUCAUAAGAUAUGGACAUCUAAAAGACUUUGGGCUAUCAAAGCAAGACCCACCAAAAUGUACUGUACCCAUUUUUAUUGAGGAGCUAUGGCAGCAAAUUGUGCAGCAGGGCCAAUUCAAGACUUACAUGGUAUGCUAUGAGAGGCCUCACUUUCAUAAUAAAUUUCUCCCCCAUAUUGUGGGGAGUUAGCCUAGUGGCUUAUUGCCUUAUCUAUCAUAUAAUACUGAGAUAAGAAGGGAAUUUUUUGGCUUCUUAGUGAUUGGAUGUAGAUAUUGGUAGUAAAAAAGUAUUUUCCUCCCAUAGACCAAGGUGAAGAAAUCGAUGACAAUGAAUUAUCCUGCCCCCCCCCCUCUCUCUCUCUUUCAAGAACUUUCAUGUAAAACAUUCAGACACAAAACAUAUGAACAUGAAUAUUUGUUGUGAGAAUGGAUCUAUAUCUUGAUUUUAAGAUGUACUAUAUAAUGGUGAAUUACAUCUGCCCUCACUGAGUGUUAUUAAAUAUAUAUGAUAGUGUGAGAUGAGAAAAAACAGUAAAGUAUCUAGUUUUAUUAGAAUACCAUGACCUCCUUAAAAGUUAGGGCUGGUUCACUCUUUAAGGCUUGAUUGUUUACAUAGAUUAUUUCUUUACUCUAGGGUAUCACAAGGAUUUAGAAACUCAUUUUUCAGUUUUCAUAUGAAAUAUAAAUUAUUGAACCACUUUUAUUCCUCAGUUUGACUAUGGCUUGUAUAUGAUACUUAUAUUUCUACAGUAUACAGUACAUGUAUAUUCACUCUGCAGAGACUUUAAGAUCAUGCUGCUCAAAUAGCAAUAUACAGUAGAGUAACAAUUUUUUUUUUAUAAAACGUAGUUACGAUAUGAGUGCACAAUAGUUGAUGUAUAUUGCUUCUUAUUGAAAGAGGAAGACUUAUCUAGGAAGUGGCAUAUACUGUACAGUACAGUAUCAAAUAAAGUUACUGAUUUCUUGUCAAUCAAAAUUAAUGAAUGUGUAAUAUUUGAUAUUUUUACCAUCAUUCAGUGAUACUGUAUUAAAGCUUUUAUAUAAUAUACCUUAAAUAAAUGCUGUAUAAUAUGA